AUGUCACCAACCAUUCCGCCAGAUAUCGAAAAGCAGCUGCCCGGCUUCCUCCGCCUGCCUUCUCAGCUGCGUCAACGCAUAUACCAUUACCUAGAGGUAGCGCUGUUUGGCGGGCGCCCGUUCACGUACUACCUGGACGGCCGCAAGGAGACGCGGCGAUGGAAGUCCGAAUGGGACCCGCCGCCUGCAAGCAACUUCGCCGGCUUGUUGCUGUCCUGCCGCACCCUGCACGCCGAAGUCGCCACUCUGCUCUACUCCGCCAACCGAUUCGUCAUCUUCUACUCUCAGCAGCAAGGCCUCAAGCCUCUCCGCGCUCUGACGCCAGCCUCUCUCGCCGCUCUGACCAGUCUGAAGGUCGUUCUGAGCGAAUCUUCUUGCCACCACCACACCAACUCGGUCCAGUACCCGCCCCCGUGCUGCCAUCACGACAGCCGCGUGCUGUAUGGAGAGGGCCUGCACGGCCGUCCGCUACUCGAUUCUUCCUUGGACUCGACGUCGUACAAGCUGUCAGCCCAGGCAAUCCUGAGGGAGUGGCGCGAGACGGCGGCUUGCCUAUCAGCGCAUGUUCGCGCCGGACGCCUUGAGCUUUCGUUGGAGGUUGCAUGGAGCAGACAGGACCGCGGCUACCUCAUCAUGCGGCCUUGCUGCCGGCUGGAGCACGAAAGGAAAUGCCCUGUCCACAACGGCUGUCGGCUAACCCAAUGCUCGUUCGAUUACGACCCCGAUCCCAACGCUCCACCCUCUCCUGGAUGCUUCUGCCGACGCCGGCAUGCCGCCGCCUCCUCCAGCUGCAGGUGCUGGGCUCCGCCCACGGACUUGUUCCUCAUCAGCCGCGCCUUGUGCCGGGACGCUCAGUUCGUCUUCUUCUCGGGCAACCGGUUCGUUGUCUUCGACUUCCGCGCUGAGGUUCCGUGGGAGCUGCCCGGGGUACAGUGCGAACGCGAUGUCACCGAGAAGGAGUACUACGAAUACAGACGGUUCGCCGCUUCCGAAUUCCUCCGGGACGUUGUGCCCACCCGCUGCCUCGCCGACCUCCGCUUCCUCGAGCUGGUGUUCCCGCCCUACGCGCCGCACGGCUGGCCGCGGGACGACGACGCGCCCGUGCUGGACUGGCGGGCUACGGCCGACUGGAUCCGUGGCCGGGUCAACGCCCCCGCGCUUGCCAUCCGUUUCGUCAUGGCUGAUUUUGGACAAAACAAUCACUACGGUGGACACCGUCACGCCUUGACCGAGAGCCAGGGGGCUGGUAUCCUGGAUGCCUACGCACGGCUUAUGGGUCCUCUGGGACAGCUGGCACGGGAGGACGGUUUAGCUGGAUUUUAUGUUGAGCUCGCAUACCCCUGGCGAUGGACCGCGGAAACAAAGCGCCAGAUUCGACAGCAUGGCUAUGAGUGGCUGGUUGCGCAGAAGCAGGCCCUGGAGCAGAGCUUCUGUCGGCGGUAUGGGGGGUGCCGGGAUUCGGUCAUUCGUUCCCGCCAGAAACCUGAGCCGGGAAUGAGUCUUUGGCAACGCUUGUAUCAGAGCUGA